AUGGCCGCCAACGCGACCCAGUCCGCCUUCACUUCGGUGUUGGCCAGCACCAACUUUGCCGAGAUCGAUUUCGAGAGCAAUGUUCACUACCUCCUCGACACACUCAAGACGACAAGCGUAUGGACGUACCUCGUUACCCUCUUCUGCUUGUGCGUGGUGUACGAUCAGGUCAGCUACAUCACCAGCAAGGGCUCAAUCGAGGGCCCGGCCAUGAAGUUGCCCUUCAUGGGCCCCUUCCUGCAGUCCGUCAACCCCAAGUUCGAGGAAUACUACGCCAAAUGGACCAGCGGCCCCCUGAGCUGCGUCUCCGUCUUCCACAAGUUCGUCGUCAUCGCCUCGACCCGCGACAUGGCGCGCAAGGUUCUCAACUCCCCGGCCUACGUCAAGCCCUGCGUCGUCGAUGUCGCCCACAAGCUGCUCGGUGCCGACAACUGGGUCUUCCUGGACGGCAAGGCCCACGUUGACUUCCGCAAGGGCCUCAACGGUCUCUUUACCCGCAAGGCCCUCGAGUCCUACCUGCCAGGUCAGCAAGAUGUCUACAACCGGUACUUCAAGAAGUUUGUGCAAAUCACAAAGGACAAUGGCGGUAAGCCCAUCCCCUGGAUGGGCGAGUUCCGCGAGAUCAUCGUUGCCGUCUCCCUCCGCACCUUUGUCAACCAGUACAUGAGCGAUGACAUGGUCAAGAAGAUCUCGGACGACUACUAUCUCAUCACCGAAGCCCUCGAGCUUGUCAACUUCCCCAUCAUCAUCCCCUACACCAAGACCUGGUACGGAAAGAAGGCCGCCGACAUGGUCAUGAUCGAGUUCUCCAAGUGCGCCGCCAAGUCCAAGGCUCGCAUGGCUGCUGGUGGCGAGAUCGGCUGCAUCAUGGAUGGCUGGGUCGACCAGAUGCUCAAGUCCGAGAAGUGGCGCGAGGCGCAGGCCAAGGGCGACGACAGCGUCGAGAAGCCCCAGCCCCUCCUCCGCAUGUUUGGCGACUACGAGAUUGCCCAGACCUUCUUCACCUUCCUCUUCGCUUCGCAAGACGCCACCAGCAGCGCCGCCACCUGGUUGUUCCAGGUCACUGCCCAGCGCCCCGAUGUGCUCGACCGCAUUCGCGAGGAGAACCUCAAGGUCCGCAACGGCGACAUUCACGCCGAGCUCGACAUGGACAAGCUUGAGUCGUUGGCCUACACCCGCGCUUGCGUUCGCGAGCUGCUGCGUUGGCGCCCUCCUGUCACCAUGGUCCCCUACGCGGUCAAGAAGCCCUUCCCCAUCACCGACUCAUACACCGUGCCCAAGGGUGCCAUGGUCAUCCCGACGACAUACCUGGCUCUCCACGAUCCCGAAGUUUACGAGAACCCCGAUAGCUUCGAUCCCGACCGUUACUACAGCGGUGAUGCCGAGGAGAAGGGCGCCAAGAACUACCUCGUGUUCGGUACCGGUCCUCAUUACUGCAUCGGCCAGCAGUAUGCCCAGCUGAACCUGGCGCUCUUCAUCGGAAAGGCCUCGCUCAUGCUCGACUGGAAGCACCACGCCACACCAAUCUCCGAGGACAUCAAGGUCUUUGCGACCAUUUUCCCCAUGGAUGAUUGCCCCCUUACUUUCGAGGAGAGGAAGUGGUGA